UGUGAUAUCAACAGUUGUCGCGUUGGCAGGCGUCGCGACGGACGUCGACGGCCACUCUCAAGCAACGACCAACGUGAUUUAUUUCACCCUUUUUGUCCAUGGUAAACAAUGGUCGAUUGUGGAGCCAACGAUGCUACCAACAGAUUUGUUUGUCCCAAUGAUCGGCAAUUGGCGCUUCGAGCCAAACUCAAAGCGGGAUGGAGUGUCAAAACGGCCACCUUAAACACACACGGAACCACAACAAACCAGCCCUUAGGGCCAGAGGAGCAAGAAGCCAUCGUCAGCGUCAUCAAGCGGGCCGAGGAAAUCGACCUCACUGAACAAGAACGGGUUGGGCGUCUGGUCGAGCGUCUGGAAAACAUGCGUCGCAACGCCCUGGGGCGCAGCCCCUCUCAGUGUCUCCUCUGCGGCGAUGGUUUUGGAAUGUUGGGGGCCCAGAAAGUGCUCUGUAUCGACUGUCGCCGUCUAGUGUGCCAAAAAUGUGCCAUUGAAACGUAUACUAAAGCAGCACGUAACUAUUGGUUGUGUAUGAUUUGUGCCGAAACGCGCGAAAUUUGGAAAAAAUCAGGCGCUUGGUUUUUCAAAAGCAUCCCCAAAUAUAUACUUCCGGCGGAAAAAAACCAAAAUUACAGACACAGUCUGGGGAAAAUUGGUCGAAAUUCGAAGGGGAAUUACCGGGAUGAAGACAGCUCGUCGGAUGAGGAGAGGAAAAUUUGGACGAGGAUACAGAGGAGGAAUUCUAGUACGGAAAGCACUCAUGAUGGCCACGAGUCCGUCCAAGACGUCGCCACGAUGUCGACACACAAGAGACAAUCCAGCGCUAGCGAGUCGCAACAAAGCAAAGAGAUGGAAUCAUUAAAAGGCUUAGGUUCGCUGAAUUUAAGCGAAACGAAGGUUUGGGAUCAGGCUGAGGGAUCCGAGCUAUCCCGGAGGGAAUCCACAGUUAGCAGAUCCUUAUCAGAGUGGAAUUGGAGCGACAGCAGGAGCGAGGAUCGAGUUUCGCCGAGUACUUCAAGUGUGAGCAGCAGCAUAUUUAAAAGCAACCUGGAGGAGCACAAACCCUCCGACCACUCCCUCGGCACCAUCGAGCUCUCCCUCACCUACGACCCCAUCACCUCCACCCUCCAUUGCACCGUCUACCGUGCCAAAAACCUCAUCCCCAUGGACAUCAACGGCCUCUCGGACCCCUUCUGCAAACUGAACAUCCUCCCCAACGCCAAGCCCUCGACCCGCCUCCGCACCAAGACCGUCCACAAAACACGCAAUCCCGAAUUCAACGAAAACCUAACUUUCUACGACAUCUCCGAGAGCGACCUCUCGAAGAAGGCCCUCCACGUCCUGGUGGUGGACGACGAUAAGUUCGGACACGACUACAUGGGCGAGACCAGGAUCGGACUGGCCAAACUCAAACAACAAAACACCAUCUACGUGGCCGCCUCUCUGGAGGAGAUGCGACACGAGCAAAAGGGGCCACUCCCAGCACCCGAAUUGAACCAAUGGUUCGACGAUUUGUGGUCACGUGGACAAAUCCUCCUAUCGCUGUGCUACAGCACCAAGAGGAGGGCGUUGCUGGUGAUGGUGUGCAGGUGUGCCAACUUACUGCCAAUGGACAAUAACGGGUUCUCCGACCCGUUUGUUAAACUGCAAUUACGACCAGAUCCUUGCCACCGCAAGCACAAGACUUCCAUUAAAUGGAAAAAUCUUAACCCGGUUUAUAACGAGGAGUUUGCGUUUGAGACACGUCCCACAGAGUUGGCCACGCAAAGUCUCUAUAUCACAGUCUAUGAUAAGGACUAUGGCAAAAGUAACGAUUAUUUGGGGGGUUUGAUCCUAGGAGGCACCGGAUCGAAGGGACUGAGGUUGAAACAAUGGUUGGAUAUGAUUAGAUAUCCGGAUCAUAGACAUGAAGCCUGGCAUAACUUAACCGAAGAAAUUCUAGAUUGAAUUAUUGGACCAAAUUGUAAUAAAUUUAAUCAAAGCUUUCCACUUGUGGGAAAUUGUAAGAAGAGAAUAAAACAAUUUAAUCGUUA